GGCCGCUGGCCGCGGUGCUGAGCCGGGCCCGGGCCCGAUCCAGGCCCCGGGUCGUCCCGGAGGCGUUCUGGAAGGAUCGCGGCGCGCGCAGCCUUGCCCGGCCGCGCGACCCCGCCGACGGGAUGCGCGCCCGCGCCGCGCCGCUCCCCGCGGCCGCCCUGCUGCUCGCCUCCUGGGCUGGGGUCUGCCUCCCCGUGUGCGUGGAGGUGCCCUCGGAGACGGAGGCGGUCCAGGGCGAGCCCAUGAAGCUGCGCUGCAUCUCCUGCAUGAAGAGGGAGGAGGUGGAGGCCACCACGGUGGUCGAGUGGUUCUACAGGCCGGAGGGCGGUAAAGACUUCCUUAUCUUUGAGUAUCGGAAUGGCCACCAGGAGGUGGAGAGCCCCUUCCAGGGGCGGCUGCAGUGGAACGGGAGCAAGGACCUGCAGGACGUGUCCAUCACCGUGCUCAACGUCACCCUCAACGACUCGGGGCUCUACACCUGCAACGUGUCCCGCGAGUUCGAGUUUGAGGCGCAUCGGCCCUUUGUGAAGACCACGCGGCUGAUUCCUCUCCGGGUCACGGAGGAAGCUGGAGAGGACUUCACCUCUGUGGUCUCGGAGAUCAUGAUGUACAUCCUGCUGGUCUUCCUCACCUUGUGGCUGCUCAUUGAGAUGAUAUACUGCUACAGAAAGGUCUCGAAGGCCGAGGAGGCAGCCCAAGAGAGCGCGUCUGACUACCUUGCCAUCCCGUCGGAGCACAAGGAGAACGCCGCGGUCCCCGUGGAGGAAUAGCGCCAGGGCCUCGCGGUGGCUCCAGGUGACAUCCAGGAUGUGGAGGGGAGGGGACUGCGGGGUCUCGGCUGCCUGGGGCACCCGCAGCCCCAGUGACUUCACGUCUGGCUCCUUAGGCCAGGUUCUCCCCACCCUUGAGGUUCUUUGGUUGAUGCUCAAGUGUCCAGUCUUUCAGGGGUGACCUGAGCCAUGGGGAAACCUCAUUCCCCGCCCCCCCCCCCCCCCCCCCGCCUCCCCAGCAUCCGAUCCCCGCCUGCUCCCUCUCUGAGCACAGCAUGUUUGGAUUCCACCGGGGCUGGAAGUUCUCAGUGAGUUGUUUUGUCGUUGGUAGGUGGCCUCCGCACCCGGGUUCGAGAGGUGGAGGGCAGCAGGAGGCGCAGCCCAGCCCGCCCUCGCUGCAGCCGCACCUCUCCCCUGCCCACGUGGCGUGCAUCCACCGCAUCCAACCUUUCACUCCCGACCUCUCAAGACUCUGCCACCACGGAGGAGCCGGCAUUUUCCACGGACUCAACCUCACCCUCUCCUGCCUUUUCCAGCCGGAUUUCUCCUGUGGGCAGCCAGUGCUGCAGAAGUGCUGGGGAGGGGGUAGAGCGUCCCUCCGCUCCCCCGGCCGGGGCGGCUCUUCCUCCAUUGCUGCAGGAGACGGAAGCAGGCAGUGACUCGGCUGGGUCAAAGCAAAAGCCUGCUGUGCACCGGGGCACUGUGAAGUCUAGUGUCCCCAGUUCAUGGCCCACGUGGCUACAGCACCAGAGAGAAGCGUGCCUCUCUAGGUUCUCCUUCUAUACGGACCGAGGGGUUCUCUGGAGCUUAGUACUCCAGCACUAGAGCCCGACAGGUCUCUGGAGACCUGGACUCCGUCCUGAGGCACCAAGGAUGAAGGGCAAUUUAAGGAGCUCGUCGGGGUCACAUGACACCGUUCUGAUCUUGUUUGGAUUUCUCUCUGUCCUUAAAGAGAGCAGAGAAACAGUGGGAAAAAUAUUAGUCAACCUCAUUUUCACUUUAGAGACUGGUCCAAGGGCAAUACCCUUCAUACCCGGCGAUGAGAGAGGGGAGGGGGGUCUUAGCGGAUGCCAGAUGGCAGUGUCUGAGGCCCGGCCAGAGCCCUGCCCCUCGGAGCUGGGAGAUUUAUACACAAGGCCAUUUUCCUUGGGCUUUGGGCUGCAUGUAACAAGCCCAUUUUCUUUCCAUCUUUUCCAUCCCAGAGAUGUCCUUGAAAUGAGACCCCACAUGCAUAAGUCGGAAGGAAAUAAUGCAAUAAAUCCAAAACCCUUAAUAGUAAUUUUCCACGCUAUCCUUCUGAGACUGGGGAUAGCCUGUUACAGUAGGAAACAAGUCUGGUUAGCACAGGUUUACCUAGCCACAACCGGUCCAGACCCCGCCCCCAGCAGCAAGCUCUUCCUUUCCAGGCCACUUCCGCUUGGUUCCGGGGGACCGGGCGCGUAGCUUGCGGUGAGGUUGUUUGCAUGGCUGCUUUCUCUUCCUGCUUUCUUUGUGCAGGUGCUUGCUUAGCCGCACUGGGGUUUCAACUUGGGGUCUCAAGCUUGCUCUGCUUGCUGGUUUGGCUGGCACCCAACCAUUUGAGCCUUGAAUCCAGCCCAACUUUUUGUCAGUUAUUUUGGAGGUGGCAUCUUGCAGAUUUUCCUUCCCGUGCUGGGCCUUGGGUCCUCUAGCUCUCAGCCUUCUGAGCAGCUCAGAUCACAGGUGUGAGCCACCCGUUCCGGGCAUUUCUUUUCCCCAUCACUACCUUUUUUAAAAAGCCCCACCCCAAUGUCUUCAAAGUGAUUUCUGAUGAAGCUGAAUGAUACGCAUUGUUUAUCCAAGUUAUCUUUCUCUUCCCUUUUCUGACUCUUCAACCCCUCGCGUCGGUGAUGCUGUCAUUCGAGCGUAUGGCUUGUGAGGCCAUUUUAUGCCUCUGCAGUGACCUCUUGGGGUGGAGACGAGGACGUUAGUUAAGCAGCUUUACUGAAUCAUCACACUAGAGACUCAGCGGGAGCCAGAAUCUGAGCCUUCUCACCUCCAUCCUGGCUUGCCGUCUGCCUAGACACUGCCGCCUCCUGCCCCUCUGUCACGUCCACCGAGCUCUUCCCUGCUCCUGCUUCCCCGCCAGCCCUCCCCCUCUUCUUCCCCCCCACCACUGCGCAGCGUGCUGGACGGCGGGACGGUGCCAGAGAGAGUCCAUCUCAUUCUCGUCUGAUUGGGUUUGCGCUUCAUCUCUCCAGAGCUGCCGCUCAUCUCCUUCCCGGAGCCUUGACCGUGAGGAUAAAUCACCAGCCUAUUUAAGUCUUCACCCUUCUCCCUCUUCCCGUAUUCCUGCACAAGGCCCAGCUACACAUGUGCGGCUCUGGAAGCUUCAUCUGGCAUGCUGUUGCUUGUCGAAGGGCUUAGAAGAGUUCUCAGGGGCCAGAGCCAUUGUGAACCCCACCUGUCGUCCUGGCGCUGGGACGUCCCAAGGCUGAUUCUCAAUAACACAGCUGAGCCAGGGCCACGCGGAGCUCAGUGUGGUGCCGCCUAAGCCACUGCCUCACCACGAACGUACCCCGCUGGGCUCCAAGGCCGCUCGCCUCUUGGGCCUACACUGUCAGCUCAGCCUGGUGGCAGAGCUCCGACCUCGGGUGGGAAGACCUGGCAGCCAGUGCCCGUCCUUCCCCCAGCCUCCAUUUCCACAGUUUACCUUUCCAUUCUCCAUCUCCAGCCAUUUGCGUAGAGUUUUUUUUCUUCAAGGUGUUUUUGGGCGUGCCUUUGAUGUCACACUAGAACUGUGAGUAGCAAAGGGAAAUUCCCAAGGAGGAAAUAUGCUGAAAAAUAUGUCCCACAGUGAACGGCAAAGGGGAGGAGAAAGUACUCUGUCUCCUUCCAGUCCUACACAGGACAAUAAAAACAUGUCGGGAAGAGUAGUACACGCCAGUCCCACUAAUCAGGAGGCUGAGGCAGGAGGAAAGCGGGAGCCCACAAGUUAGAGGUAAAUCUUGCAAACCAGCCUUGUCCAACGCGAGAGGUGAGGGAGAGAGGAGAGCAAAGCAGAGAGAGAAGGCUGUGCCGAUAGCCUUGCCGGAAGGCGCUAACUUUUCAGACACGUCUUUGACCAUCCCCUUUCCCGGUAAGCGGAAGAGUAAUGGGAGGAGAAAACAACAGAAACCUCUGCCCACCUCCCCCUGCAAACAGACGGGAGCCCCGGCUCCGUGGCCUCCUGUGGCUGCUGGAAAUGGGUUCAGAUAGUGCUUGGAGUGCCUGCUAUCGGCCUUCCCACCAUCCCUCCCCCGACUUCAUCCAGCACCCACCCGUCUACACCCGAAGACCCUGGGUGUGAAAAUGCCACCAUCCAAACCCUGCUUCAUCCCUCCGGUACCAUGGUAGACGGUGAGCAAGUCUGACCACAGCUCUGGCGCAGGCCGGCUGCACCACAGAGCCCAAGUUGCUCGGUCCUUGCUCCCUGCGUCCGCGCUGCUGGCUGGACGGGCAGGGUGCGGGCGGGUGGGGAGGGCAGGGGGUAGAGCGGGGCGGGAAGGGAGGUCACCCUGACCAGUGCUUGUGAACCACCAUCAAACACAACUAGCAAACUCGGCAUAGCGGUAGAUGGAAUCUUCCCUCCUGGUCACCCCACAGCACCUCCUGCAUUUCCUACCCCAGAAACAUUGCGACAGACCACCCAUGCCCACAGCCUAACGCUGCUCGUAGUGUUUUCUUUCAAUAACCUUCCUGUUCUCAAUAAAGCUGGCUCUGCUCUGCUC